UUUAUGUAAGCGGUUCGGCACAGCGUCGAUCGUCAGUUACCUCGCCGCCUUUUCCUGCAUCACGCGGUUUUGUCCAAUCGGAGUCGUCCACUCUUAAUUUUUACCCAAGCAUGUUGCGAUUAAAUGAGUUGAUCUUUGAGGUCUCUAUCGAUUUCCUUUUACUGCCGUCCUCUUGUCGAGAUGGAGAAUGUGUCAGUUCGAUUGUUUGCUCUGGUGGUUUUUCAUUUUGACUUUGAGGGCCUGAUUGGAAUUUCGCUCCAUUUGUUAUCAAACUCCUGUUCUCACGUUGUCCCUCAUGCUUUUUGCUCAUCGACGUCGUAUUAGGGGAUCAGAUUUGAGGUAUCUUUCGGGUACGCUUUCAGUUGAUAUCGCAUUGAAAAGCAGGCCUGAAUCAGCCGGUGCGUUAAGAGCUUCAAUCAUUCUACAACAAUCAGUACUUUGGGUUUGGAGGAAGAGAGAAGAAGGAAGAGGAAGUUAUGGAUAUAACGGAAAUUUCAAUCUUGCAUCAUGCGUGCAUUGUGCUUCUGGUGCUUUGGUUGCUAUCUGCCUUCAACUGGUGCCACCCCGUUGCUUAUUUUGCAGCACUGAUUUAUCUCUACCUGGUUCAUGAACGUUAUGUCACGAGACUGCGGAGGAAGUUACAAUUUGAGGAGAGGAAACAAGCUAAUCAAAGAAGGGUGCUUUCUGAUUCUGAAUCAGUGAGGUGGUUGAACCAUGCAGUUGAAAACAUAUGGCCCAUAUGUAUGGAACAAAUUGCCUCUCAGAAGAUUUUGCUCCCAAUCAUACCUUGGUUCUUGGAGAAGUACAAACCUUGGACUGCUAAAAAAGCCAUGGUUCAGCACCUGUACCUGGGGAGAAACCCCCCUUUAUUCACUGAAAUGAGGGUGCUUCGUCAAAAUAGUGAUGACCACUUGGUUCUGGAAUUAGGAAUGAAUUUUCUCACGGCCGAUGAUAUGAGUGCAAUAAUAGCUGUGAAACUAAGGAAACGAUUAGGCUUUGGGAUGUCGGCAAAGCUGCACAUAACGGGUAUGCAUGUUGAAGGGAAGGUUUUGAUUGGGAUAAAAUUUCGCCAAACAUGGCCCCUCCUUAGUCGUUUGCGUGUAUGCUUUGUUGAACCCCCAUACUUUCAGAUGACUGUCAAGCCUAUAUUUACUCAUGGGCUUGAUGUGACAGAAGUUCCUGGGAUUGCUGGAUGGCUAGAUAAGCUUUUGUCUAUCGCAUUUGAACAGACUCUUGUUGAGCCUAAUAUGCUGGUAGUUGAUGUUGAGAAAUUUGCUUCGCCCCAGCCAGAGGCAUGGUUCUCCGUCAAUGAGAAGGAGCCUGUUGCCUAUGUCCUUGUAGAAGUUGUUGAAGGAUCUGACAUGAAGCCAUCAGAUCUAAAUGGGUUAGCGGAUCCAUAUGUAAAAGGUCAUUUAGGUGGCUACAGAUUCAGGACAAAGAUACAGAGGAAAACACUUAGUCCAAAAUGGCAUGAAGAAUUUAAAAUUCCCAUUGUAACAUGGGAGUACACUAAUAUAUUGGCUAUAGAAGUUUGUGACAAGGACCACUUUUAUGAUGAUAACCUCGGAAACUGUUCUGUCAACCUCAGUGAUUUGAGGGAUGGCCAGAGACAUGAUAUGUGGUUAACUCUUCAAAGUAUUAAAACUGGGAGGUUGCACCUGGCUAUAACUGUUCUUGAAGACAAUGCAAAGGAGGUUGAUAAAACAUGUAACCAGGAAGAAAUGGAUGCUGAACAAAAAAGGAAUUCCUUUGCAAAUGAGAAUUGUAAUAGAAGUUCAUUCUCAUCAGUUUCUUCAGAAAAAUCCCAGAAAGUUGCAGAUAACUUUGAGCCUAUAGAUGUUGAAGGACAAAAGGACACUGGAGUUUGGGUUCAUCAACCAGGUAGUGAAGUGUCCCAAACAUGGGAACCUAGAAAAGGGAAGAGUCGUCGCCUUGAUACUGAAAUUCACAGGGAGCCUAAUGAAUUAAAUGGGAGUUUUAAUUCAGCAGCAUAUGGAUCCUCGAACAAUGGCUGCAGCAGUCCUGAUGAUGACUCAGAGGAUAAGGACAGAAUAAAAUCAAUUAAGAGGGGACUGCACAAGAUUGGGUCCGUAUUUCGAAGGGGCCAGAAGCAUGAGCCUCCGACACCAACAUCAGCACAGAGCAUUGGAGAGGCUGUUCCAUAUCCACAUGCAAAUAUUAAGGCUGAGAAUGCCAAGGAGAUUGGUGUGAACUUUGUUAUGGAGGAUAACAUUUCUGGGUUUGCCUCUGGUAAGGUUCAGAUAGAAGGAACAUCCACUGAAAGCAAUGGUCCAGAGAGCCCAAGCAAGGGAAAUGCCAAAGAAAAGGCAAGAAACAUGCUGAAGCAUGCAGCUGGGAAAUCAGCUCGUGGCCUAAAGCAUGUGCUUUCCUAUAAAACAAGAAAACCAGGGGUUCAAGAAACAAGAAUCUCUGAAGAAUCUGACUCUUCUGAUGAUAAUUCCCUUUCUGUUCAAUCACCCAGAGAUGGAAGAAUUCCCGUUGCUUCCAAGGUCAUAGUUUCUUUCAGCAAUGACCCCUUCAAUUCCAGUGACAAUGUGGUUCAGACACGUUCGCCUGACACUAUUUUGGGCAAUGAAGUUCUGACAGAGAACCCGGGCGUUGAAGAAGAGCCUGCAAAGCAUGGCGGCUUUGACAAAUCUUCAAACGUUUCUGUUGAAACAAUGCAUGACAGAGUGAGUGGUGAGACGGAACAGAUAUGAAAUCAGUUUGUCUUAGCCAUUGUGUGUGUCUUGCCCCGCAGCUUUGUUGAUUCUCCCGUUUGUACAGCCAUCACUGGAGAAACUAGGUUCUGGUUGUAAUUAGCCCUUCAUAACAGGAAUUUUGAGUGGGUUUGGGUUUUGCAAUUGUUACGUGUCAAUAGUUAUACGAGUUGUUUCUAUUCCGUUAGUCAGUUAGUAACUAAGAUGGGAUUAAUUGCUGGUUAACAGGAUGAAAAUAACAGGGGUUUGAAAUGUAAAUACCCCGCUUGUCCUGAUCGAACCGUCUAAUAAAGUAUACACGUGUUUCUCAAAUAUCUCUGUACCAGCAACAGUGAAUUAGGUUUUUGUCAAAAUACCUGCUAGCUGUUGCUUAGGUUGCUAUAGAAAGUUGCCUCGAAAUGAUCCUAUAGUUUGUUUCAAAUCUUAUGUACCUGUUUGGAAUGUUGUUAUAAAUAUAUCGGAAUGGCAAUAUAA